CUACAUAACAUUUACGGAAGUACAGCAUGCAACACAAACACACGGAACACACGCGUCGCGCUCGAACUUGAAAGAAAUGGCUGUCGUGCAGGAGCAGACGAAACGCGAGUCAGGGCGUAUCAAAGAUGUUAACCAGAAGAGAGUUCUCGAUAGUUACACCCGUGCCAAGCGGUUGCGCAAACAGCUGGAGGCUCUGGAACAGGACAACUUCCAGGAGGAUCCCCAGGCCAACCUUGUCAUCCCUAACAAGAGACUGCCACAGUUCGAUUCCAAUGAAGGGAGUAACCCCGCCAAAAAGAAGAAAAAGACCCGCGGGGAUCAUUUCAAGCAGCGUUUCCGGAAGACCUUCAACAUGUUAGUUGAGGAAGAGCAGCUCAGCAUGCAAGAGCCACCUAACUACCUGACGGCCUGCAUCCCACCGUCCAAAACGCCUGAUAGAAAGUUCUGUGCUGUGUGUGGAUUCCCAUCUAACUACACCUGCGUGAGCUGUGGGGCUAGAUACUGCUGCGUCAAGUGCCUGGGUACCCAUCAAGAUACAAGAUGUUUGAAGUGGACUGUAUGAAAUAUGACCAAACAGUCAUGUAGGGCCAAACAUCAUCAUGCCUUCUACCAUGAUUUGCUGUCGACAUCCAAACUCCAGCUUACUUCAGUUGGAUGCAAGGGCUCCUGUACAAAAUCGUGGACCAAGAACCAGCUACUUCAUGGACUGUACGUGAUAGUUUUGUACACAGCAAGGCUUGUGCGGUAUUAGAUUUUGAGGGUCCCAUAUGUUGCCCCAAAUGAGUAUAUCAUCAAAAAACUACCGCGGUAUUCGGUAUUACUCCGUACUUUUUUGGGAAGACUGUUAUGCUAUCAAAAUAAAAUAAGACACGAUAUGAAAGGGAAACCGCACACAGCUGGCAUCACUAGAACUACAUCAGAGGCCUGUGGGAUGCAAAAGUAUCCAGAAGUAAGCAAAAGUAUUGGUUAUAAGUCCAGUUCCAGAAUUUUGACUUAUCUGGAUAGCGUGACCUUAAGAAUGUGAACAAUUAUUCAUAUAGU